CGACGACGGACGCACCCCACCGCACUUCACAAUUUGCGUUGUUAAAAACGCGCGACGUAAAAGAGAAGCCCUCGCGUCACUCUCAAACACAUACUUGUUCACUCUUGUGUUGUUUUCGCUGAACUACUUGUUUGAUCGUAUUUGUUGCGUUAGAAUUUUUUUUUUGCAGAAGUGAUUGUGACCAAAGUUUUAGAAAUUCCCAAAUCCGGACUGGUGAAAAAUGAGCUUUUUCAACUCCCUCUCGGAAUAUGUCACCAAUAGCGUCGCUGGAUUAUCGCUCAGUCCCAAACGAUUCUCCCUUAGUCGCACAGACACUUCGGAAAGUUCGUCGGGACCGUCACCAUGUUCGCGUAGCAAUUCUGGUGACAGUAACACACCGGGAUUCCCGAAAGUACUACCCGCUCCCGGCGCUACUGCACUUGUGCAACGCAGGCGCAGUACUUUGGAAGCGCUAGUACCUACGCCGCCAGUGCGCAGGCCUGGAUCGUUUCGAGUCAGAUCGCCGAAGACUACGCCUGAAAGGCCUUCGAAUUUUUGUUGUAGGAGACAGAGUUGGCCUGAGGUUGAUCAUCAAGUUAGAUCAGGAGUUCAAGAUAUCGAUGGUUCAUACUUUGAAAGCUUCACAGUCCUAGCAUGGAAACAAGAAAACCAAAGACAAAGCGUUUUAAGAAACGCCGAAACCAUAGCGUCGGAAGCACCGCCGCCCGAACAAGAAUUAGGUAUCAAUCCCUUCGAGUACGGCGCCCAGCCGAACGAAAAGGACAAACUUUACGUGGAAAUGCUAUACACGAUCGCAAAUACGGUGGGGGCACCAGCUCCUGGAGGCCAAUACGCACAUUACAAAGAAGACUUGUACCUUUACGGCCAAAGGGCAUUUGGUACGCCCCCCGAUCGACACUACAGAAUGCUACAUGUAGCUGGAGAAGAACAACCACCGAUUGUUGUUUUGAGCGUCAUUGUUGUCGAAGCCGAAGGAUUGGAAGCAAAGGAUGCCAAUGGAUUCAGUGACCCUUAUUGCAUGCUGGGCAUUCAGCCCAUGGCGGCUCCGAGCUCUCCUCAGCCACUUACUCCCAAUCGCACUUUGUCCGAUGCCUGUUCGCCCUGCGGAGGCGUCGGGGGCGGUAUUGGGGACAUGAAUCACAGUAGCGCCGGAGAAAAACUGAGAAAACAUCAUAGCUUCAAGCUCAGCUUCAAGCGAAAAGAAGGUAGAGUCAGGGAGCACAGGGACAGUUUGGGCGGUGCACUCCCGGCCAAGUUUAUUAGGGCGACGUCAGUCAAACCUCACACCCUCAACCCGAAGUGGAACGAGAAAUUUCGUUUCGACAUUGACGACAUAAACAGCGAUUCUCUACACUUAGACAUUUGGGACCACGACGACGAAAGCUCAGUGUUAGAAGCUGUUAGCAAGCUUAAUGAAGUUAGAGGAGUUAGAGGCCUAGGGAGAUUUUUCAAGCAAGUUUGUCAAUCGGCUAGACAAAGUUCACAAGACGACUUUUUGGGUUGCGUUACUAUACCGCUCCAGGACAUACCGUCCACUGGUUUGGAGGGAUGGUUCAAAUUAGAUGCCAGAUCACAAAGAAGCAGUGUCCAAGGGAGAAUUCGGCUCAAAAUGUGGCUGUCGACAAGGGAGAACCGCGGAGUGGCGGACGACGAUAAUUGGACCGAACUCACACAGCACGAAAGUUUGUAUGCAACUUUUGUGGAUUACGAACUGAGAAAUUGGAACCGCGAAACUUGGACUUGGAGCGGCGACUUACCCGGACCGGCACUAACUAUUUUACAUCAGCACGCUGUACAGGGCGACUUAACCGAACUUCAGACUGCCCUGGCUCGGUUUGUGGCCGCGUCCCGGGUGUACCUUAAGAGCCCUUUGGAUCCACGCUGGAUGCUGCAAUUACUAACCGAUAUCGAGGAUUCCUGGAACAAUUUCACUCUCACCAGGGAAGAGGAAAUGUGGCUGGCGGAAAAGUAUACCGCUAUGCAGGAAAGGUGGCUGCAAGAAUUGCGUCAUCAUCGUCAACUCUUUCCUGCCCUACACCCGCCGUCUUUAGCCAGAUUGGAAUAUUUGCUUAGGUGUUUAGCUUACAUGGCAAAUAUGAAAUCUUUCUGGAAAUGCUGCCCGUUCAACAAAGAAAUAAGAGGUGAAAUAGUGGCAACGUUACGUAAAGGAACUCCCGAAUGGUUUAAUGGCCUAAAAAACGUCCUAAUGAAUCCAGAAGAAUACGACACCACGUUCGUACAUUUUUGUUCGGAGGUUUACGUUCAAUUAAAACACGGACUGAAUCAUUACCAUCCUUUAUUUGAAGGGACUAACGGGAUACCCUACUUCAGUGUAGUGUUCAAGCAAAUCGAUAAAUUGAUGGCGGACGAAGUUAUCAAUUUCCUGAACCAAAACGAACAUCCCGACGCGGCCUACAGUAGACUGAUUUUUUCUAUUUACAUGGAAGUUAAUGAUGUGGCAACGUUUCAUCAAAAUCUACCUUCCGGAGGCGACCAUAAGCUACUACUUGUCAGGUGCCACGAAUGGUUCGAACCUUCUGUUAGCCACUGGUUGAGUGUUUGUAAAGGAAAAGCUUUACAGAGGGUCAGAACCGCAGUGGAUCUUCAAAAACCUUGCGAAGGCGAAAAACUAGUGAAACACAGCUCGUCAGCUGUGGACGUUGUAGCUAUGUUUUGUCAGCUACGGGAUUUUUGGCGACUUCUCCAAUGGCCUAAAGCGCACUCCGUGUGCCUUCUCUCGCAAUUAUUGGACUGCAUUUGUUCGGCUGCUCUCUUAUACGCAGACAUCACCUACCAAGGACUAAUGGAGACUGGCUACUUCGAUAGGUUGGGUCCGUUUAGGAUAUGCGACGAAAUGUGUAUAGCUUCGAAUAAUUUAGAAUAUGUGUAUAAAUUUGUAUCAUUGUUAGAAAACUACUUCGAUUUUGUAACUCUGGAAACUCUGGCUUCCGAAAUGCACUUUGCAACUCUGACCAAUCAAUUAGAUAGUACUUUAAGUCAAUUCCAAGUAAGGAUUACGGAUAUUUUGAAACGUGUUGGACCACAAAUGCAAGAAGCACUAAGGAAAGCUAUGUUUCAUGUAGCUUGGUCACCCGACACUUUACCAACCCAACAAGCCGUAGAUCCUCUAUUUGACUAUCUGCAUACACAUCUAAAGGGCUUAAAUGUGUCACUGCUACCACAAAAUUUCCAAAAAGUUUUAACUGAAGUAUGGGAAUACACCUUGGCGGAACUUAGCCAUCAAAUGGAUGGCGGAGCCUCUAACGACGACCUACCAGCGAUGUUCCACGAGCGUUUGCAUUCCGCUCUGGAACUUAUGGUGGAUUUCUUCCAUGCAGAAGGUCAAGGGUUAAGUACCGAAAUACUUCAUUCGGCUACAUUCUGUCAAAUCGAACAAAGACUUCAAUAUCACAGGACUGACACUGAGAAAUUAAUGGAAAUAUUUUAUAAUCAAAGAUUACAGGAACAAUAUAACACUACAUCGAGUCCUUAUGGCAAUUUGGCUGUUAGGGCGUAUUUUAAUCAUGAUUCUUUAUGUGUUGAGAUUCUUCAUGCUCGUGACAUUAUCCCUCUAGACCCGAAUGGUUUCAGUGAUCCUUUUGUAAUACUAGAACUACUUCCCAAAAGAAUAUUCGCUCAUUGUAACGAACAACAGACCAAUGUACACAAAAAAACACUACACCCAAUUUUUGAUGAAUGUUUCGAGUUUAGUGUUACUCUGGAACAAUGCAAAUCUCCUGGAGCUAUGGUAGCAUUUACAGUGAUGGACCAUGAUGUAUUAACAGCUAACGAUUUUGCCGGCGAAGCUUUUCUAGCUUUGGGCGCCAUAUCAGGUGUGGCGGAAAAUUCAUCCGCUGAUAAUUUCCACGGACUGAAACCUAUGGAUUUGGUUCUAAUGCAGCAACAUAAUAAAAAUCAUCCCAUUCUUCAAAUACUGGAAUCCAGAGCAAACGACAGAUUGGCAGUGGAAUUUGUCCGGAAACAAAAAUUAAGAAUAGCUGGAAAAUAGGUUUAAGGAUGGUGUACUUCAUAAUUAUUAAUGUUUGAAAAUUAGUAGUUUUUCAAAACUGUUUGAGAAGCUACCAAAUAAUAAGUGUAAGUAUAUUUCAACAAAACAAUUCAUAUACAGGGUGUCCCACAAGGUUUUGCCCAAGUGAUCGCAUCAUGGAAUGUUACACUUUGUAAUUUUUAAUCAUUUUCGUCAACUGAACUGAAACGAAAGUUGUGGAAUUGGAUGACACAUGCACAAAGGUUUACCCAGAUCCUCAAAAUCCCAAUUACAUUAGAUGGCACGUUUCGAAGUUAUCACCUGGUUAAAUCGUCAUGGGACACUCUGUAUAUUUGAUUUUAUGUUGAAAAAAACCAUAUAUGUGUGCUAUCUAGUUUUUGUACUCCCUUCCAUACUACUUAAUGUGAAUGUUUAAUCUAUAAUUAUAUUUUUUCUACUAAGAGUAUGUCACAUUUGACAAAAAAAAAACAAUUUUCGACUUCUCUAACGCACUGACUAAGAAAAAAUUGUUCUCUAUGUAAAUAGGUUUUUGUGUCUUUUCUUACUGGAAAAAUCUUAGUUCAUCUUAGAAUUUAGGGCUUGAUGGUGUAUCUCAUAAUCUCAUCCAAUUUGCUGGAACAAGAUUUGCAUCCUUUAUCUAUUUUAAUGUAAUAGAUAAAUGUGCAAAUGCAAAUGUUCUCUAUGUUGUAGUAAAUUUACAUUGUUUGGUAUAAUCUUUAAAAACAUAUUUCUGUUAUUCCAUAUAGAAAAUGUUGUUAUGAUUAUUGAAUUUAAUUAUUGUUAAAGAAAUAUAGCUGAUUUUAGUUUAUAUUUGCUUACUUUGAUUGGAAAUUUCAAAUUCAGUGGUAUAAACUAAGCUGAAACUGUAUACCUUUGUUGUUAUACCCUAUAGAAAAAUUAUAUUACCUAUGCACUUGUGGACAAAAUUAUCGAUAUCUAUAGAUUUCAAAUGGCUAUCAAUCUAACCUGAACAGUUUCAAUUCGAAAAAAAUUAGGCCUAAAUAUGAUGUUCCAUCUGCACCACAUACUCAGAUUACUAGUGAAUAAAGUGACUUGAUUCAUAGAUAAUUUUGUUCACAAUCAUAUUAUUAAAAAAAUCAUGCUGACAAUCCUUAAAAUAUUAUCAACUGUUAACUUUAUCAUAUCGGGCUUUAUAUUAUAUUGAAGCACACAUUUUAUAUAAAAUCCAUCUUUGAAAAAAACCCCAAAAAAAAUUACUUAUGCAGAAAUUUUGUACAUGACACGCACAAACUCAACACAAAUAUUAACUUACCAUUAUUGAAAUCAAAAUUCAGCAACACAUAAGGCCAUUGAUAAAUGCAUAUCUCAAAAAAAAAAACUGGUUUACAUACAUACAGGGUGUUACUUUUACAAUCAAAUCUGAGCUUUUUUCAAAUAUUUAUAUAUCUACAGCUUCUCUAUUUGAAACAUAUACCUGCUUAUCUUUAGCUUUCUAUUGAAAAUGCAGAUUUAUAUGAAACCAAGUGUCAAACAGAGAAGAUAAAAUAGUUUUGAGAUCUGAAAUUAUUGAACCAAGUCAGAAUUUAAAUAAAUUUAUCAAAAAUGUACGUCCAAAUUUUCAAAAUUAUUUUAUGUUCUCUGUAUAUAAAUAAGAAUAUUAUAUAGCUUGUUACCUACAACAUAAUACAUAUUUAUAAUAUGGCAAAGAUAUAUUACACAUAUAAGAGUUAAUUUUAUAUACUUAAGAAAGUAGCUUACCCAAUCCAAUAUUUUUAAAAAAUUUUAAGGGUUAAUCUAUUCGGUUUUAGAUUCGCAAAUCAAUCAGUAACAAAUAUGGCUGAAUAAUUUGUGAUUCUUUUAAAUGAAUAUUUAAAUUUUGGUUGUGAAAAAAUAAAUAAAAAUAAACUUACUUAAAUGUUUUUCGUUUAAAUUCUCAGUUAUUCAAUCAAUGUCAAUUCAAAAUAGAAGUAUUGUAUGUGUAAACUGAUUAUAUUUUAAUUGUACCUAAAUGUGAUAUAAAUACCUACCUAUUUCAUCUUUGUCUAAAAUAAACUCAAAAAAAGUUAAUUUAUUUGUAGUUUUAUUUAACAAUAUUAAUAUACAAACUACUAUAUGACAAAUUACUAUCAAUCUUCAUACCCAUAAUAAUACCCAUCCUGGAAAGCUCUGUGCAUAUCCAAACUAUUCCUCCUCAGCCUCCUACCCAAAGGUUCCAAAUCAUUAUAGCACUUAGAAAACACCCGUUCAAUAGCUUCCAUUGCUUGCUCUCUAGUCACAUCCCUGACAGCUAGCAUAGAACUUAGGGCUUUGUUUCUCACACAAUAUUGGUGUGUGUCCCGGAACUUGAAAAUCGACGUAUCUCCAUUCAGCCAGGCAGAUACAAAACUGCAAUGGACCAAGUUUGCCGCUCUGAUUUCCGUGCAAGCUAAAUGAUCCAGGUUUUUGAAGUCCAAGUUGUUUCUGCAGUAGUCGAACAUGUGGAUGAGUUCGUGGGUCAAGACGCCUUGGAUUGCGCUUUCUUUGAAGGUAUUGUUAU